AGGCGAGGUACAGUUUGCAGUCUGGAGAGGAAGAGGAGGAGGAGGGGUUGUAACUGAGGAUGGAGCAGAGCAGGAGCAGUAUAAUGUGCAAUGUCCUUGCAGCAGCGAAGGAAGGAUAACAGAAGUAGCGGAUCAGAACGUACAACAGAGCCAAACCGGAGUCAUCAUCAUGCAUGUGUCUAACUACCAGAAGAUUUGUGUCAUUUGAAAAGACUUGAGGAGAGUAAAAAGACUCAGAGGAAUACCAGAACUCGGUCAGCAGACACCUACAACAAUAACCCAGUACUUAGACAUGGCCAGCACCCAGACCAGUUUGAAAACCCCUUUCAAAGACUUGACCUCAUUCAAGGGCAACAUGAAACGGCUUUAUAGAGAGCGACUGGAGGACGCGCCCAUCAAGAAGCGAGUGAUGGCAGAGAUCAAUCUGAAGCGUCGCAGCCUAGACUCCCUCCCCAAAACUCCAAAAGUGAAGAGGGAGCACAUAGAGGAUCUGCACCACAACUCUGACAUGGAUCUGGAGGGCCGGGCUGAACUGCACGUGGUGGGCUCUGCUAAAGCCCUGGACCUGAGCCCUGGGCUCAAGCACACACUGGCUCAGUUCACCCUCAGCAGCCAGAGCUCCCUGGGGGGCCCGGCUGCCUUCUCAGCCCGUACCGGCCACGAGCAUCACGCAGCAGGCAUGCCCCCCCUUCCCUCCCCUCCUGUUCUUGGAGGGGGCCCUCUGCUGGUUCCCUGUGACAGCUCCACUGAACUCACCCACUCACUGCUGGAAGGAGAGUCUAUCUCCUGUUUUGUCGUUGGAGGAGAGAAGCGUCUCUGUCUGCCCCAGGUGCUAAACUCUGUGCUCCGUGACUUCUCGCUGCAGCAGAUCAACACGGUGUGCGACGAGCUCUAUGUUUACUGCUCGCGCUGUGACGCCGAGCAGCUGCACAUCCUUAAGGUGCUGGGCAUUCUGCCGUUCAACGCACCAUCCUGUGGCCUCAUUACGCUGACGGAUGCACAGCGAUUGUGCAAUGCUCUUCUGCGUCCUGGGGCAGCUCUGCCUGCUGACCCCAGUGGUAAGCUGUCGAACCAGGGUCUGCUGAAGGAGAGUGAAUCCAGCUUCCAGGUGGAGCAUCAGUGUCUGGGGAAGUGCCAGGGUCUCUUUGUGCCCCAGUUCUACACCCAGCCUGAGGCUCCAUGCAUCCAGUGUGUUGAGUGCCAGUUGCUCUUUUCACCACAGAAGUUUGUCAUGCAUUCACACAAGUCACCUGAUAAGAGGACCUGCCACUGGGGCUUUGACUCUGCCAAGUGGCCCUGCUACCUGCAGCUUGCCAGGAAGUACCAAGGCACACCUGAGGAGCCAAAACUCAAGCAGCUUCUGGACGAAGUCAAAGAGAAGUUCCACUACAAACUCAAGAGGUCGCUAGACAAAAAAGCAGUGGAGGAGGAGGAGAGCCAGGUGAGGAAAUCCUCUGCAGGACUCUGCUCCCCUGCCAGCAAGUUACCAGACUCUGACCCUGCUAGAAAGGGGAAAACAUCUCCACCCACUCUAGUCUUCAACCGCCUUUUCUCUGACAUCAAGGAGGAGCCAGGACACCCCACCCUGGUCCAUCCCAGUUACUACCUAUACACCUACGAUAAGAUGGUGGCUCCCAACGUGUCUCUGCGGAGAGAGGCGGAGAUGAGCCCGGAGAUGCUCGGAGCACUGCUCAAACACCACUACAGCCGCAGAGUGCUGGGCCACGACGAACCGCCCAUGGAUCUCCAUGCAUCUCCUCCCCUUGCUGCUAGCGCAGAGGAGGCCAAAUCCCAACGUGCUGCUGCUGCUGCCGCCUCGGCCACCGAGCGGGAAUGCCAAACCCAGGCAGUUUCCAUGGAGACAAGCAGCCUGAGCUGCAAGAAAGCCACCCGCAACCCCGCCCACACCCCUCCUCCUCCUCCUGCGUCGUUGUUGUCACCGGUAACGGAAGUAGUGGCUAAGGACACGGGCUGUGCAACGAGCAGUGCUGCAGCGGUGGUGGGGGGACUGGAGGACGACAAGGACAGGAUUGUCGUGGAGAUCAUGCAGAUGUACAGCAAGCAGCAGGAGAAGCUCAACUCCACCCUGCACAAACAGCUGCAGCUGGAAAUGGAGCUGGAGGCGUUGCGUGGGGGCGAAGCAGCAAGGCUGCGGGAGCUGAGCGCAGAGCAGCGAGAGCUGCGCAGCGAGUUGGAGGCGGUGCACAGUGAGCAAGCGCGACAGCUCAGCCAGGCCCGGCAAGAACAGCUGGAAUUGGAGACCCGUCUGGAGCAGCUCCGACAGCAGGCCUGCGCGUGCGAGCCGGGGGCACAACGCCAGCAAGAGGCACACUACACUGCACAGUUGUCGGAGCUGCGUCAGAGGUUGGAGCAGGCAGAGGCGGACCGGCAGGAGCUGCAGGAGGAGCUACGCAGGGAGCGAGAGGCACGGGAAAAACUGGAGCGCACGAUCUCCCAGCUCAAGCAACAGAUGGCCCAGUCUGGCACAGUGGGAGGCAGCCCCUCUCCUCCUCCUACCCCUUCCACCGGACCUCCUAACAUCCACUCCCCGCCCUCCUCCUCCCCUUCCUCCUUCUCUGAGGCCCCAUCGGCUGGCCAGAAGUAACUGCCAUCCCUCCGGGCACCUCCCCUCCCUCCCUCACUCAUUCCUCUCCCAAUCACCCACCAACUCUACAGACACAAACAAAUCAGCCUGAGGAAGAAAGGAGCUUUACAUCCCCUCGAGGCUGGUUUUUUUUUUUUUUCAACUUGUGCACCCCUUCCUGUUGUAUUUCAGCGUAGGACUGACUUUUGUUUGUAAUUUAUCAUCACUUAAAAGAACAGUUUUUGUUGUGUUUUUAUUCUUCUCUUUUUUUGCUCCCCUCUCUUCUGUUCAAACAGUAUUUAAAGUUAUUUUGAGGGGGCUUGUAUGUUUUAUUUAUAAUUUUUACUGAACAAACGGCUGCUUCACAGACAGGAGUUUGGUCAGGUACAGACCAACUCUACCUAUUACCUUUGUUUUCUCCCCUCCACAAUUGUUACCCCUUCUUCCACCACCUUUUGCUCGCUCUGGAUUCUGGAGCUAAUGACUUAGAGAUGUCAGCUCAGACACACGGACUCGUCUCAGCUCCAGAUGGAUGUCUCUUAAAGCUACUACCUGGCACAGCGACUGGUGCCCUCGGACUCAAAAUGGCACCUGGUUACUGUGCCCACUCUCCGUCUUUCUGUAUGUACAGCCCAAAUGCUCAAGAACCAGCGACAUGGACAUUUCAGUACUGUUUUUCUUUUAUUUUGGCUCCUUAAAAAAACAUAAAGUGACAUGUAAAAAACAUCAAAUCUAUACGGAGAAGAAAGACCUUUACUGUACAAAAAAAGACAGAUGUUGUUAAAACCUCAUGAAAAUAUGCCAAUAGUGACGCUGAACUUGAAAUUGAGUGUUUUGAGUGUGAUCCCUACAAGGUAUCUGGCUAGUAAAUCAUCUAGCCUGCCCUCCAGCUGCUUCUCACAUGGACUAGUUUCCCUCUUUAUUCUGCUGGGCAGCACCUGGACUCUCCUGCUGUAGACCAAACAGUCUGUCGGUUGAUCCACCAGCUGCCUGGUGUCUUCUCUAACCUGCCUCCCCCUCCUCCCUGCACUCACAGGAGGCCUCACACCCUCCACCACUGUACGCUAGCACCAUUGCCCUCUGCUGGGAAACACCUCCAUGCCGUUGUUCUGCACCCACUUUGGCUUAGACAGGAAACGCUGUGCUGCUUUCAGGCCUGGCAUGAAGAAGUUCACGAGCAGUGUUGUGCACUUAAGGCGCUCUCCUCCCCCAGAAUCCCCUGGGAAAGGAAUGUGUCUGGACAUGGAGGCUGGCUGAGCUGCUGUAGCUUUUCUAAGAAAGAAGAAAGGCAAAGUCUCACAUGUGCGGGUAGCUGUUCUGUGUGAGAAUAAUACAUACGACAUCAAGUGUGUCAGUGCAGUCCAGGCAUUCAGAUAGAACAAUGGCCCCAGCGUUCCCAGCAGAUGAUCAAAGCUGCGGUCUGCCCCUGUUUUCUGGGCUUCUCUUUUUUUGUUCGAUCUGACUUCAUUGUUAGCAGACGUUUUCAUCCCCACACUGUUCGACGCAGCGUCUUCGAAGAAUAUGGGCCACAGGUGAAAGCAGUUAGUCCAGGGUGGUUUGGGCCUUGAAUUCUGCCCCUGCCUUGAGUUAUUCUGCCUGACUGAACAAACAGCACCAGCUAGGGAGAGGAAGCGAGGGGAGGAUUGAGGGGAGCGCUCAGGGGGGACUGGUGCACUCUUACCCGAGGCAGGCUGGGUGGCCCAGACGCUGGAGGUACAGAGGGAGCCCUUUUUGUUUGGUGCCGUCAGAAUGGGGGCAGCUGUUGUUGUCUGGGGGCCUCUGCUCGCCUUCGGGUGAGACUGUACAGGAGCCCCCAAUCUCUCAACAACCUCCCUCCUCUCCUCUCCCACAAAACAACCGUCACUUACUCCCUCUCACACAUACCCGUCCAUCCAUCUCCAGUGCAGGAUCAGCUGGGGGUGUGCAGUGUUUUGUAGAUGCCCAGGAGAGCGAGCAGGCGUCCAGCCAGAGGAAAAGAGGACUUUAUUGUGUCAGUUGCCAGGCAAAAGCGCUUUUUAUUGCCACCGAGGAGAUCCCUGUAAGCAAGCGUGCGAGUGUGUGCGUGUGUGUAAAUAAUUGUUUAAAAAGAGAAGGGGGAUCGGCCUCAGCUCAACUAUGAGCUUUUUUAUGCAUCUGCUAUUAAUGCAAAUUGAUAGACAUUCCACUGUGCUCCAUCCUGUCCGAUGCAGAGUUUCUUAUACAGCUUCCCUUUACAAUAACAGACCUUAAAGAGCGGGCGGAGGACAGUUGGUUUGUUGAUAGUCAUACAAGCAGGUGCAGAUGUGCAAGCCAGUAAAAUCAAACCCAUGCAGCAAAUGUACACUCUACUGUUGUUCCAUGUAAACCUUUAUUAAAAUUAUGAAAGAAAAUAUUUAACGUAUUAACUAAAGAUUUAUAUUCACUUUGUAAAUACAGUAGUCAUUAAUAUAUUAACUGUUCUUAUAUGAAAAAUCUUCAAAAGGUUAUAUAAAUUGGACCAGAUUUUUCUUUCUUUCUUCCUUUUUUUUAAAGUGGUCUUUGCAGAUAUAAGAACUUGACUGUUGUCAAGUGCAUACUGGGAAGUGAAACGCAUGGUUUAUUGAGAUGUGAUGCAGGACAAAAUAGGAAAAAAAAAACUUUGUUACACGCUUACCCCUUUCUGAAUUUUUUUGUGGAUUUCAUCUUGAUGGACUUUUAACUGUGUAAUGUAACAUUUUUUCCCUCUUUCUAAACCCCCCACCUUGAAGCUAAAUUGAUGAUUUGUUAAAGAAAAAUUGCAUUUUGGAAAAAAAGAAAACAAAAAAUGAUUUUGCAUGUUUUGCUGCCCCUAAUGUUUUGUGUCACUGGGCCAUUCUAUCAAUCUGUCCAUUGAUAUAAAAAAGAGGUUCCCCCCACAUUACGCACAAACUAUUGAGAUGGCUCAUAUGCAUGAACAUUGAUCUGUGCAAGUUUUAUAUCCUUAUUGGUUUAGAGGACGGCUGAAUACUAAGUCAGAUAAUGAAGAACAUAAAAUGUAGCCUCAUUUGACGUGCGAGUGUGAGUAAGAGAGAGUGUGAGCGUGAGUGUGUUCAUGGCCUCCACAUCUGACUGAAGCACAGCAUCUUUGAAAAGGGAAAGAGUGAAACUUGUUCACAUUGCUCUGAAUGUGUAGUUCUAUUUUCUGAUUCUGGUCAUGUAUCCUCGUCUGGAUGUGUUAACAUCACUCAGAAGAUAAUCAGUAUUAAAUUUAAUUCCUAAUUAUCUGUUUGGCGGAGCAUAAAUAGAAAAAAUCAUUUAAAUUAAUCACAUAGGCAGAUGAUAAAUCUGCUUAGCUAUUUUACUUUACAUGUAUGUUCCAUUUUAUACACAAGAGGGCACUGUUGAGCUUCUCUUAUUGUUCACCCUUGUUGCAAAAAAAUCAUAUGUAAAAGGAUAGGGAGAAAAUUGUCCCUUGUGAAAUGGUUUGCUGGGCCUUUUUGCAUUUUGCAGUGUUAAGAGAACUUGGAUAUGCUUUGUACAGAAUUGUACUGGUGUGAAGUUUGACCAACAGAUAGAAACGAAGUGAAACUUGGCGAAACAACAUGAUUUACAUACCCAUUACAUCCUGGUUUACUGAAGACAGCCAGUAAACAAAUCUGAUGUUACCUUUUGUUGGAGUCCAACUUCAGCCAGUAUAUAUUCUUCUCUAGUGUGGGAGACUGAUCACACAGAUCACUGGUUACUAAGAGGUACACCAUGUUUUACUUUUCACACAUCCUGUUAUAGAUGAAAAAAUAUAUACAUAUAUAUAUCCAUGGCUUGGCUUAAAACGACCCCCUUUUCCCCCUUAAUGCUGUUUAUUAAACAUGAAACACAGUGUCUGUGUAUGACCAUUGCAUACUACGUUGCCAAUACUACAGUGUGAUGAGACUUUUGUUCUUGCAUGAAUCGAGGCACUGUUCUCCUACCUCAUGUUGUGAUAUAAAAAGAUGUUUUUUAAGCAGAAGACACUGCAUCUCUGUUUAUCAUUGAUAUUUACGAGUAAAUUACAUACCUGUAAAUGCUUUUAGCUAAUACCUCAGUUGUAUCUAGUGUUUGUUAUUUUCUGUUUUCCCCUUCCCUCAAUUUCAGAUCUUGUAAAUAUACCCUGUAUAGACAAUGAACUUGGAUCAAAUUCAAGUAAAGUUCUGUAGUGUCAAA